CCCCGGGGCCACCUGCCCCCUCGGCCGGCACGGACUCGGCGCCGCGCUUUCUUCUCACCGCGGAGCCGGCGGCGUGCGAGCGGCUGCGAUGAACCCGGUGAAUGCCACUGCUCUCUACGUUUCCGCGAGCCGCCUGGUGCUCAACUACGACCCGGGGGACCCCCAGUCCUUUACCGAGAUUAACAAGCUCCUGCCCUACUUCAGGCAGUCCCUCUCCUGCUGUGUGUGCGGAAAUUUGCUACAAGACCCUAUUGCUCCUACCAACUCCACAUGUCAGCAUUAUGUCUGCAAAACUUGUAAAGGCAAGAAGAUGAUGAUGAAACCAUCAUGUAGCUGGUGCAAAGACUACGAACAAUUUGAGGAGAAUAAGCAGCUAAGCAUUCUAGUGAACUGCUAUAAGAAACUCUGCGAAUACAUAACACAAACUCCACUGGCACGAGAUAUUAUCCAAGCAGUUGAUUGUUCUGCAGAUCUUUUGGCUUUGCUCAAAGAUGGAUCACCACUCCAUGAAGAGACGGAAAAAUCUUCCGAUACAGCCUUGGCUUUGUGUUUGACACAUUCCCCAGUACCUUCCACCUCAGAACUCACAAACGAUCCUCCAGCGAGUUUUUCAUCAGUACCUGAAAGCACACACAAUAUUGAUAUAAGAAGUUCUGUUAUCAACGGGUUGCCCAAUUGUAAUGGGCUUUCAGUAGAUAAACUUGGAGUGAAUAUUCCUUCUCCUGAACAUACAAAUACAAUUGACGUAUGUAGUACUGGAGAGUAUAUAAAAACUGAAGACAUCUCUAGCAGUCUGCAGCCUGUGUGUGAUACAGUUUCUACCAGUGACUUGUGUACGACAGGCAUUGACAUCUGCAGUUUCAGUGAAGAUAUAAAGCCAGGUGGAUCGCUCCUCCUUAGUGUUGAGGAGGUUCUGCGGAGCUUAGAAACAGUUUCAAAUACUGAAGUCUGUGGUUCUAAUUUGCAGCCCAGCUUGGAGACAAACAUGACUAAUGGCCCUUUUCUGCAGCUUUCUCCCCCACCUCUUAGCCAUAACAUUUUCAUGUCCACAGAUGCUUCUCCUCACGGGAUCUCGUGUACCGCGGCAACACCUAAGGUAGUUAAGUUAAACAGAAAGCGUUCUCGAUCAGAAAGCGACAGCGAGAAGGUUCAACCUCUGCCCAUUUCCAGCAUCAUCUGUGGCCCAACACUGGGAGCAUCAGCUCCUGUAACAGUGAAGCAGGAAAAUAAAAUGUCUUUGCAGCCUAUUGCAACUGUACCUAAUGGAGGCACUACUCCCAAAAUCAGUAAAACUGUGCUCCUGUCUAACAAAAGCAUGAAAAAGAACUUAGAACAUGCCCCUAAGAAAUCUCAUCCAAAAGCCAAACCAGGAGUGCUGAAAACAAAAGACAAAGCAAAGGAGAAAGUUCCUAGCAGUAAUGUUAUGCCAGGAAGCCCAACAAAAACUGUGUAUAAAAAGCCACAAGAAAAGAAGGGGUGUAAAUGUGGUCGUGCCACCCAAAAUCCAAGUGUUCUUACAUGCCGUGGCCAACGCUGCCCUUGCUAUUCUAACCGCAAAGCCUGCCUUGACUGCAUAUGCCGUGGCUGCCAAAACUCAUAUAUGGCUAACGGGGAGAAGAAGCUGGAGGCGUUUGCAGUGCCAGAAAAGGCCUUGGAGCAGACUAGGCUUACUUUGGGCAUUAAUGUGACAAGCAUUGCUGUGCGCAAUGCCAGCACAAGCACCAGUGUAAUCAAUGUGACAGGGUCACCAGUAACUACGUUUUUAGCUGCCAGUACACACGAUGAUAAAAGUUUGGAUGAAGCUAUAGACAUGAGAUAUGACUGUUGAAUCUUUCUUUCUUUUCCCUGCCAUUAGUAGGGGAACUGCUACAGUUUUAAGGCAGCUAUGGUUCUGUUUAACUUGCUGGAGCUCCUGCAUUUAGAUCACUUGUAUCAAGUGUUUUUCAUUGCUAUGUUAUGUGUAUUAGUGUCUGGGAAAUAGUUGCAGAUAAUGGAGGAGUUACCCUAAAACUGUUUUUAGUUCUUACAGCACCUCAUAGUUUGAGAUCAAUUGCUGAUGUAAAUGAUUUUAUCACAAGAUCUUUGGCAAGGAAUAUAUUAACCUCAUUGUACUCAUUCAUGCUUUGUGCUCAGUCAAAGCUUCUGCUUAAAAGUAGAGAAGUGAUAUCUAGCUAGUCCAUCUAAAUUGUUCUAGAUUAAGAUGUAGAAAAAUAAUUAUCAGUUAGUUACAGUCACUGUUGCUAGAAAAUCACCUAGUAUUCCUGUAGAAAAUACAGCAUUAAGCUGAGGAGUGCAGUGUCAGAGCAGUAGAAAAUCUUGUUGUGGGAAUUGGUUACCUACUCUAUUGAACAGUUUAAAAAUUUCAGUAAAAUAUUGAGAAAGCUAAUAGCCCAAAAAGCAGCCCGGUUUGCAGGCAAGGGUCCGGAAAUUUGGUCAGCUAGAUACGAGUGGUAAACUGCUGACGGUCAGUACGCCAUGGCUGUUACCGGCUUGUAGGGCUUUGACAGCCGUGCAGGUCACGUUCCUGAUCUGUUUUGCUCUCGGUGCCACCGUAUUACUGACUGUUUCGGUGGGGGAGGAAAAACUGCUUGUACACAAGGCUCAAAUGUUGUUAACACCCGUCUCUCCCUUUUUGGGGCGGUUCCUGCUGAUUUUUUACUGCCUUUGUGCCUGGAGAAGAGAGCUUUUCUGCAAGUUACGGAGGAGACUCUGGGGCUGGCUGGUUGGUUGGUUCUGUGCUGCUAAUCAGCGCCUGCAAUUCGUAGAGGCUUCCACGGCGAUGGCCACCACUGGAUUUUUCCUUCUUUUUCACUUUUAUUAAGUUUGUACUGCAAUACACCUGGGGCCUGUCCCCACGAGCGUGUUUCUCUGCUAACAGGCAUUUUUUAAGUUUUAUCUUUCAGAAAAUUGAUGGCCAUCUACUAAGGUCAAAUGUUUUGGAUGCUUGUUGGAGAAUAUAGGUUAUAUCAUUCACUCCACCCAGAAGCCUGCUAAUCUUUCUGUAAUGUGCUGUGCCGAAAGUUGUUUUAGAAGGUAGAUGCUUUUCAGCCUGGGCAGAAGGGCACAAGUUGUGAGAGAGCUUCUCUGCAGAAGCGUUAGAAAUGAAAGUGCCUGUGUAGGAAUUGAGCUUUAUGCAAAAAUGGUUUAUUUCUGGUUAAUCCCUACAUAAGGCUCCGAGCAGAAGAAUUUUGUUUUGCUGUUUGACUUCGUUGUCAUCCUAGCAAAGUCGGACUACUUUGUGAAAGCCAAAAUUCCUCCUCUUUGAUACAGCACAGAUUAAACGUGGGCCGACUAGAAUACAAAACGUUACCUUCCGAUUUAAAAGGCAGUUCCUGGUUCAACAGCAUGUUAAAUAGUGUUUGAAUUUUUCACGGUGUUUCACUGCUUCCAUCCUCCCUUUCGUGCGUUGAACGUAACCUCCAAGACUUUCCGACUUUAGCGUUAGAUAUAUUUUGAUUUGGCACAAAGCAUGUACAAUGAUGGUUACUCACCUAAGAAAUAAGCAAAAAACCUUUGGACACAAAUGACACCUCCUUUUGUUUCGUAGUGUACCAUGGUGUCAUUUUCUGUGAAUGUGGUCAGAUCUUUUUGUUGGUUUUGGUUUGUUUCUGCCCCCGUCUUUUUUGUGGGGUGGG